AUGAAAAAGUGUACAUUAUUAUGGAACGCUUCAAAUAGGCCAAAAUCUGCUGAGGUCAUAUUACAGACAUUGGGCCAUAAUUUAUCAAGACCCGGGGAUACACGUUGGAACUCUUUAUAUGACUCAUUGAAACAAAUUUUAAAAUAUAAGGAGAAAAAUUGUGAGUUAUUCGAAGCAUUAGGAUUCAAGAAUAGCAUGUUAAAGGAUUCGGAAUAUUUAUAUAUAGAAGUGCAUUUGAAUUGCGUUGGUCCUUUAGCAGAAGCAUUAGAUAUUCUCCAAGGUGAAAAUAAUAUUUUCUAUGGGUUUGUUCUUCCAGUCAUAUUGAGCUUACGCCGCAAAGUUAAGAAUUUGUUACUAAAUAAUUGGAGAUAUUGUGAACCUUUAGUUAACAGUAUCCUCACAAGUAUUGAAAAAAGGUUUUCUAAUAUAGUACAAUUAAAUACAAUUGAAGCAGAAAACGCUAUGAUUGCCACAUUUUCACAUCCGAAAUUUAAAAACCGUUGGCUAAGUUGCAUUGACUCUUCUCAACAUGAUCGAUGUAUUCAAAUAUUUAAAACAGCAGUAACUAAUAAAAUAAAAGAAAUAAAUACUAUUUCAUCAACAAAUUCAGAAUCACCAGAAUUGUAUGAGCAAUCAACAUAUGAGGAAGCACACGAUUUUUUUGACUUUGACCCAUUAGUUAACAUUGACAGAAACGCUCAACAAAGUAGACGCUCUGCAGCGUCAGAGGCAGAAAUACAGGUCGUACAAUUUUUCAACAACUUGUCUCAAGACCUGUCAAUUCUUCAUCAGUAUCCGCCAAUCAAAGAGAUAUUUUUACGCUAUAAUACACCAAUGCCGUCAUCAGCUGCCGUCGAAAGAUUAUUUUCUUAUGCAACUAUGACUAAUUUACCAAAAUCUAACAAGCUAUCAGAUGAUAUGUUUGAAGAGAGGGUUAUUUUGAAAUCUAAUUUAAAAAUGCAGUAA